CGGGCGGGAAGCGGGCUGCGCAGGGCUGAGAGGCGCGGCGCGGAGUUCGGAUCGCGGAAGAUCGGAUCGCAGUUCCCCUGGCUGGGUCGGGGCUGUGCGUGAGGGUCAUGGCUGCUAUUCCUCAGAAUAAUCUACAGGAGCAGCUGGAACGUCAUUCAGCCAGAAGACUUAAUAAUACCCUUGGUCUUUCCAAGCCAAAGUCUUCAGGCUUCACUUUCAGGAAGAAAGUCUCUUCGGCCAGCAGUGUUUCAGUUGCGAGAACACCUGUGCUGAGUGACAAGGAUGUUAAUGCUGCAGAGGCCUUUUCCUCCAGUGAGCUUUCCCCCCAUGCCUGGAGGCAGCAGGCAGCCCUCAGUGGCUUUAGCCACUCUCCAGCAGGACCGCAAACCCCAAAAGCGGGUUCAGAGCCAUCUUCAGCAGACUUGCUUCACACUCCACAGGGAGCUUUCUGCACCACCCAGAACACACCAGCUGUAAAGGCCUCCCGUGGCUCAACAAUGAAGAAAUUAGAAGUUAGUUCUUCGUCAGAUUCAUUCCUCCUCCCCAAUGAGUGGGAUGAUAUGGAUGACUUUGAUACUUCUGGGAAUUCAAAAGCAUUUGUCACACCACCCAAGAAUCACUUUGUAAGAGUAAGCACUGCUCAGAAAUCCAAAAAGUCUAAGAGAAACUUUUUUAAAGCCCCUCGUCCUAAGGCAAAUAAAGUGGAGAUCAACUUGACCCUUUCCUCCGAGAGCUCACACAUCCACUCAGCGAAGGAACAGAAGGGGGCCUUGGAGUGGUCGCACAGUGGUGUGAUCUGCAUUGAUGAUGACUCUCAACAUGAAGAGUUUCUAAAGGAAGAGACUCGAGGAAGCCGCUCUCCAGAAACUCACUCAGAAUAUAGUGAAAAGAAAAAUACAGAACUGGAAUUUGAGGAAUCUUCAUGUGUUGAGCUUGAUGAAGAAGAUUAUGACAUAGAUUUUGUUCCACCUUCUCCAGAAGAAGAAAUAAUUUCUUCUUCUUCCUCCUCUUUACACUGCAUUAGUAUAUUAAAGGACCUUGAUACCUCUGAGGGGAAGAAAGACACAGCAGAGGACUUGUCCAAACCUGAGCAAACAACCUCACAACAGUUUACUCAAGACACCAGCACAGAUAACAACGCUAGACAGACGAGUUUGCAGCAGCAGCUUAUCUGUGUGAUGGAACACAUCUGUAACUUAGUCGACGCCAUUCCUGCUGGUGAACUGAGAGCUUUGGGUUGUGGGGACGAACUGCUUCAGCAACGGGAUAUCAGAAGGAAACUCUUGGCUGAAGUGGACCUUGGUACGUGCGAUGCCAGCGUCCCGGACGCUGUGUGGAGGUGCCGGCCCAGGCCCCACGGUAGCCCUGUGGAGGACGUGGUCUCUGCCUCCUCCUCACCUUUUGCAUUCUCAGGGGGCAAGUACUGUCCUACAGGGAGGUCUGCUAAGGAGUUCAACUCCCCACACCUUGCCUUGACACCCUUGCCUGCCAGUGAAAGCUUACUGACCAUCACCCCAGCAAAAACAGGGUUCUCAGCCACCACCACAAAGACGCUCCCUGAAAGACCAUUACUCGGUUCCCACCUACAGAAGUCCUUGGUGAGUGACAGCUGGGCUGAGACACCAAGCACAGACCAAAGAAGUGAGAGGUCUUACUUCCCAGGGAAGGUCCUUACCAGCACUGCGGUGAAAGAUCAGAAUAAACACAAUGCCUCCAUGAAUGACUCGGAAACAGAACUUCAGGCUUGCUGUGAUAUUGACAAUUUUGAUAUAGAUGGCUUUGAUGAUGAUGAUGACUGGGAGGAUAUAAUGCAUAACCUGACAGCCAACAAAUCUUCCACUGCUGCCUACCACCCCAUUAAGGAAGGCCGACCAGUUAAAUCAGUAUCAGAAAGAAUUUCUUCAGCCAAGACAAACUGCCUUCCAGUAAUAGCUACUACUCAAAGUAAAAACUUCUCAGAGUCCAUUCAGAAUUACCCUGAUAAGUCAACGCAAAAUUUAGCAUCCAAAAAUCUGAAACAUGAGCAUUUUCAGAGUCUCAGUCUUCCUCAUACAAAAGAAAUGAUGAAGAUUUUUCAUAAGAAAUUUGGCCUGCAUCAUUUUAGAACCAAUCAGCUUGAGGCGAUCAAUGCUGCGUUGCUUGGUGAAGACUGUUUUAUCUUAAUGCCCACUGGAGGUGGCAAAAGUUUGUGUUAUCAGCUCCCUGCUUGUGUUUCUCCUGGGGUUACCAUUGUCAUCUCUCCCUUGAGGUCACUAAUCGUAGAUCAAGUCCAAAAGCUAACUUCCUUGGAUAUUCCAGCUACCUAUCUGACAGGUGACAGAACUGACUCUGAAGCUACAAGUAUUUACCUCCAGUUAUCUAAGAAAGAGCCAAUCAUAAAACUCCUAUAUGUCACUCCAGAAAAGGUGUGUGCUAGUAACCGGCUGAUUUCUACCCUGGAGAAUCUCUAUGAGAGGAAGCUGUUGGCCCGUUUUGUUAUUGAUGAAGCGCAUUGUGUCAGCCAGUGGGGACAUGAUUUUCGUCAAGACUAUAAAAGGAUGAAUAUGCUUCGACAGAAGUUUCCCUCUGUUCCAGUGAUGGCUCUUACCGCCACAGCUAACCCCAGGGUGCAGAAGGAUAUCCUCACACAGCUGAAGAUUCUCACUCCUCAGGUGUUUAGCAUGAGCUUUAACAGACAUAACCUAAAAUACUAUGUAUUACCAAAAAAGCCUAAAAAGGUGGCAUUUGAUUGCCUAGAAUGGAUCAGAAAACACCACCCACAUGACUCAGGGAUAAUUUACUGCCUCUCCAGGCGCGAAUGUGACACAAUGGCUGACACGCUGCAGAAAGAUGGUCUCGCCGCUCUUGCGUAUCACGCUGGCCUCAGUGACGCUGCCAGAGAUGAAGUGCAGCACAAGUGGAUUAACCAGGAUGGCUGCCAGGUUAUCUGUGCAACAAUUGCUUUUGGAAUGGGGAUUGACAAGCCUGACGUGCGGUUUGUGAUCCAUGCGUCGCUCCCUAAGUCCGUGGAGGGCUACUACCAGGAGUCGGGCAGAGCUGGACGAGAUGGGGAAAUGUCCCACUGCCUGCUGUUCUACACCUACCAUGACGUGACCAGACUGAAGAGACUUAUACUGAUGGAAAAAGAUGGAAACCACCAUACAAGACAGACUCACUUCAAUAAUUUAUAUAGCAUGGUGCAUUACUGUGAAAAUAUAACGGAGUGCAGGAGAAUACAGCUCUUGGCUUACUUUGGUGAAAAUGGAUUUAAUCCUGAUUUCUGUAAGAAAUACCCUGAGGUUUCUUGUGAUAACUGCUGUAAAACAAAGAAAUAUUAUUUUAUAGUACUGGGCGACUAUUUGUGGCUUGAUCUUUUCUGUGGAAUAGACACUUAUUCCUCUUACCUACACCUAUCCAUAUAUGACUCUUUCAACCUCUUUUAUGAUUACAGUUUAUUUAUAUUUACUAAUCUAGCUUCUUGUGCCUUUGUACCAGGGAGUAAGAGUGCAAAAGUUCAGUCGGGAAUAUUUGGAAAGGGAUCUACUUACUCACGACAUAACGCAGAAAGACUUUUUAAAAAACUGGUACUCGACAACAUUUUGGAUGAAGACUUACACAUCAAUGCCAAUGACCAAGCAAUUGCCUAUGUGAUGCCUGGAAGUAAAGCUCAGGCUGUACUAAGUGGGCAUUUAAAGGUAGAUUUUAUGGAAACAGAAAAUUCCAGCAGUGUGAAAAAACAAAAGACUCUAGUUGCAAAGGUGUCUAAGAGGGAAGAAAUUGUUAAGAAAUGUCUUGGAGAACUCACGGAAGUCUGCAAGUCUCUGGGGAAAGUUUUUGGUGUCCACUAUUUCAAUAUUUUUAAUACUGCCACUCUCAAGAAGCUUGCAGAAUCUUUAUCUUCUGAUCCUGAGGUAUUGCUUCAGAUUGACGGAGUAACAGAAGACAAACUGGAAAAAUAUGGAGCAGAAGUGAUUCCAAUAUUACAGAAGUACUCUGAGUGGACAUUGCCAGCUGAGGACGCCUGCCCGCGCGUCAGCCCCCCCAGCAGCCGAGGUUCCCGACGGAAUGACCCCGAGGAGUCUGAUGAGGAAUCUCCAGUCUCUUCUCACUACUUUACAAAUAGAACCAAGAACGAGAGGAAGAGGAAGAGGAUUCCAGCCUUCCAAAAGUCUAAGAGGAGGAAGAGCAGUUUGGGUGGUUCCAGGACAAAAGGGGGGUCCACCACAUGCAGAAAGUCAUCUUCUAGGACUAAGCCCUCCAGCAUCUCCGGGCCGAGUUCAGCUGUGCAUGGUUCUCAGGCAGUGUCAGGAGCCAAUAGGAAACUGGGCAUCAUGGCUCCACCAAAGCCACUAAACAGACCAUUUCUCAAGCCUUCAUUCACAUUGUUAUGACAGCCCUAUCUCCAUGCACACGGAUUUUACUUCUUGUUUGUCAGCAUCUGACCAUCUGUGAAUAUAAAGCUAUGAGUUUUGUUAUACCAUUUGUAAUUUUUACCCGAAUCUAUUAUUUAAAUAAAUGCUUGGGGUGACAGUUCUUAUUUUUAAA